AUGUUGACGUGGGUUGAGGAAGAGGUCGAGAGUCCGUACGGCAGUGUUUGCACGCGGCAUUGGGCGGUGCCCACGGUGCUGGAAGGGGCAGAACAAAAGGAGGAAGACGACCGAGAGGAAGAGCUGGAAGAGGCGGAGGAUCAGCUGGGGGCUGUCCUGUGGAAUAGCAAUGGUGCUGCGCUGCGCUGGCUGCAUGACCACAUUCUUGUAUCGUUGCCAUCGUUGAAAGGGCAAAGAAUCGUGGAGCUGGGGGCAGGGGUCGGGUGCCUUGGCAUCGCCCUCGCGAUGGGCGGCGCUACAGUGUGCAUAACUGACCUCAAGGAAUUGCUCCCUCUCAUCCGGUAUAACAUUGAACUCAACCGCCGGCGCGUGCGGGAGCGCAGCGGCGGCGUUGGGCACUGUGAAGCACUGGAGUGGCGCUGGGGCCCUGGUGAAUCAAUUAACAUCCGAAAAAGAUUAAAGAAGCUUGGGGCGACACCAGGCAAGCGUAGCGACAAGGACAAAAGCCCAAGCGAAGAUGCGGCCUUGGCAUCCGCUGUUGUCGAGGCACUCAGCGCAUUACGCCAGCCUUCCAUCGCCAUGCGGGGCUGCCAGAGUGUCUUCGCAUCGCACACCUCCAUCGACGCGGAAGAUGAGGAUGGGGGUGGAAGAAGGAAAAGGGUUAAGGGGAUUUCAGCCAAGCAGGAGGCGCUGGUAGAGGCUGGGAUCCCGGUGCACAUGGUGAUUCUAUGCGAUGCCCUUUACGGUAACCCCAAAGACUGGCCAAGCUUGCUCUACACGCUAAGCGAGAUCCUAGAAACCAACCCGAGCGAAUGCCGCGUCGUCAAUUUCUGCGAGCAGCGAGUGACUGAUGUUGAAGGCCCUUUUCUCAAACUGCUUGAUGCGGAGAACGCGGCAGGCACACUUUCCGGGUCCUCGGGCUGCGAUGCGCCCUACGACGCCGAGUUCGUGGCGCAGACACUCAUUGAUCGAUGCCGUGGAGGUAAUCCCGCCUCAGUUGGGCGGCAUGAGGGUCAAACCGCCGGCAAUGUCGAUUUGGAACAGCUGAAUCAAGCCAUUUUAGCAGAAGUCACCCGGGAGAAGCGCGGCGGGGUCUACCUGUGGAGCUUCUCGACGAGAACCCUCGGCACUGAAGAGGGUGGUGGUGGACGGAGCGAUCUGGACAUGAUCAUUCGCGUAACGGAGAUCUCAUGGAAGCAAAAGGCAACGAUACAGCGCUCCAACGAGGUGGACAAGCGCCGUCGGAGAGAGUGCCUCGACGAAAAUGCCGCGCCGCCAUCCGCAGCAAUGCCAAAGAAACUAAGACGAGAAAUAAAUGAUUGA